AUGAAGGACCUGCGGGCCUGGCUUCUGUGCCUGCUGCUGCUGGGCAUGGCCCUGCGGGGGGCUGCGAGCCGCGCCCACCAGCACUCCAUGGAGAUCCGCGCCCCGGACGUCAAUCCUGCCUGGUACACGGGCCGCAGGAUCAGGCCGGUGGGCCGCUUUGGCCGGAGGAGAGCGGCCCUGAGGAAUUCCCCAAAGCACCGGCUGGCCGGCUUCCCCCUGGAAGGAGGCGCUGAGCCGCCCAGGGUGGGUGACAGCCCGGCGCAGGGGGACUGA